GGAAGAUGGGGGUAGGGGCAGGGGGACAAGAUAAAGCAUUGAACCACUCGGAUGUGGUAUGAAAACCACUGCUCAGGGGAGAAAACAGGAAGGGGUCUAGCCCAACUGGGGUGGGGGUCAGGGUAGCUUCCUAAGGCGGAAUCUUGAAGGACCAAUCGGACUUCUCUCUGGCUUAAGAUUUGGAGGAACCACCACUGUAGCCAAGUUGGAGGGGGGCGGCGGGAGGUACAGCGUGCUUGGGGUGGGGGCUUAAGGACCAAUGGGACAUAAAAGCCUGGGAGUUGCUGAGGUGUGAGGGGACGGCUCUCUCUUCUCACGGAAGACUGGGUCUGCAGGGGAGCUCCCAGGGGGACGCCAGGGGUCCCCAGGCUGGGAGGCAGCACGCUAAGAGAGGGCAAGGGUCCCGAGUGGUUUCCUCGGCUCUGAUGGUCUCCAGGGAGGAGAAGCUGUGACCAGCCAGCUCCUGGAAGUUUCUGGAGGGAAGGUGGGUGCAGAGAGAAGGUCCCCACUAGAGAAGUGCUGCUGAGACGGGCACUACGGAGACCUCCCCACGGAGGGGCAGGGCAAGGAUGAACAAGGAGGGACCAUGUCUCUUCUCCCUUCUCCCCUCUCUUGUCCGUGACUGUGCUGCUCUGAAGGGAAACGCAGGGUCCUGGAGCUUGGGGGUGCCGGGCGUGGGGCAGCAGCGGAGGGAAGAGCAGGAGGAAGUGGGGACGCAGGGGAAGGCUGGUGGCCCUUCUGGGAGCAAGAUGGGCAAGCGGCACAUCCUGGGAAGCUGAGGGGCCGGGAUGUGUCAGGGAGGAGGGGCGAGCUAGGGACACGGGCGCGGAGACUUGACAUUCAGGUCACCGUGGAGGGGAUCAGGUGGCGCUGGUGGCCUUUCCAUUUGCUGAGGGAACAGAAAUCCUGCAAGGGGCCCGGGCCAGCGAGGAGGAGUUGAAUCUGAGGUUUGCCCGAGGAUCGGGGCCGAGGGGAUCUUUAGGGCCAGUGUCCCAAGCAGGAGCCAGGAGGGCAGGAGGUGCCCUUGGCCCGUACGCACGAGGGCUCACCGUCACACACACGCUCACACGCACACCCUGAGGCUGGGAUGAAUGGGACGAUGUUCUUGGCAGGGCUGUACCCUGAGAAGGGAGCUGAGCACCUGAAGCAAUCACUUUAGGGUGGGUCCAGCUUAGGGGCCGUUUGCAAGAUCCUGGCCUGGGGGAAAGGUGUGGGCUGCUGGGCUUGGCAGGAAGAGGGGGUUUCAUGUUUCUGAGCGUUUUCUGAGUUCCCAUGGAUCUUCCCUGGGCCUGGAGCUAAAAGGAGGGAGGCUGUGGGAACAGGAGCUCCUGGCACCCGUGGCUUCCCGGAGGCCCAAGUUGCUCCCACUGCCUGCCGUACCUGGAGCCCCAAGAGCAGGCAGCCCAGGCACUGGUAGCAGUGGCGGCGAGGCCGUGGCAGCGUUCCCAGCAGAGGAUGCCCCCGGCCCUGGAGCGCGCUGAGGGCUGCUGGGCCUGGGUGGUCCUGCUGGCCGCCGUGGUGACCCAGGGCCUCACCCUGGGCUUCCCCACGUGCAUCGGCAUCUUCUUCACUGAGCUACAGCGGGAGUUCCAGGCCAACAACAGCGAGACCUCCUGGUUCCCCUCCAUCCUGACGGCCAUGCUCCACGCGGGGGGACCCCUGUGCAGCAUCCUGGUGGGACGCUUCGGCUGCCGAGCCACCGUGAUGGUGGGGGGCGUGCUGGCCAGCCUGGGCAUGGUGGCCAGCUCCUUCUGCCGCACCCUCGGCCAGCUCUACCUCACAGCAGGCUUCUUCACAGGCCUGGGCUUGUGCUUCGGUUUCCAGUCGACCAUCACCGUAUUGGGCUUCUAUUUCACCCGCCGGCGGGCGCUGGCCAACGCUGUGGCUUCGGUGGGCGUCUCCCUGGGCAUCACACUCUGGCCGCUGCUGGCCCGCCACCUCCUGGAGGAACUGGGCUGGAGGGGCACCUUCCUGGUCUUCGGUGGGGUUUUCCUCCACUGCUGCAUCUGCGGGGCCAUCCUGAGGCCCAUGGCCCCCAGCAUGGCCCCUGCACCCAGAGAAGGCCCUUCUGUGCCCUCCAAGACACCGGCGCCCGGCUGCCUGGCCGCAUGUGGCCGGGCCAUCCUGCGCCACCUGGCCUUCGACAUCCUGUGGCACAACGCUGGCUACCGCGUGUUCACGCUGGGCGUCACGUGGAUGAUCCUCGGUUUCCCGCUGCCACAAGUCUUCCUGGUGCCAUUCGCCAUGCAGCACGGGGUCGACGAGCACAAGGCUGCCCUGCUCAUCUCCAUCAUCGGCUUUAGCAACAUCUUCCUGCGGCCCAUGGCCGGGCUGGUGGCCGGCCGCCAGAACUUCGCCAGAUAUCGCAAGUACCUCUUCAGCCUCGCAGUUCUGCUCAACGGGCUCACCAACCUGGUGUGCGCGGUGUCGGCCAACUUCCGAGUGCUGGUGGUCUACUGCCUGGUGUACAGCGUGUCCAUGAGCGUGGUUGGCGCCCUCUUCUUCCAGGUCCUCAUGGACGUGGUCCCCAUGGAUCGGUUCUCCAGGGCCCUGGGCCUCUGCACUAUCCUGGAGAGCUUCUCCAUCCUCAUCUCCCCGCCAAUGGCUGGGUUUGUCCUGGACAACACUGACAGCAACUUCAGCUAUGUUUUCUACAUGUCAAGCUUCUUCCUCAUCUCUGCUGCCCUCUUCAUGGGUGGCAGCUUCUGUGCGCUUCAGAAGAAGGAGAGGCAGGGCAGGCCGGCCGAGGCGGAAGCAGCCGUCCCGGAGUCGGCCCCGCUGCGGACCCUCGGCAGGGAGGACACAGGCAGUCCGGAGAAGCGGCCGUGCACCGAAGAAAUCAUGUAUGUGACCAGCGUCUGAGCCCCAGGAUCACAUGUGUGACCGGCAUCUGAGCCCCGAGGUCAGUGAGCGAACACUGCCUCCGCCCAGGAACGCGAUGUCCUGCUGUUUCACCGGGUGAAGCCUGAACCAAAGGGCUGGCCGCCCCGCCCCGCACGUCGGGACUCAGCCAGGGGCUGGGGCCUUGGAGGCUGGCCUCCGAAGACUCAGGGUUCCUUCCGACGAGCAGAAUCCAGGAGCCGGUCCUCCUGACUUUUUUCCUUGGGCACCAGGGUACUUGGGGCCCAAGAAGGUGGGUCUGAGCUCUGCUUGGGUCUCUCAUGGCCGACGGGGCUCAGCUGGCUGCCCACUGCCGCUGCUACAACUCAACACGCAGGGCCUUCAGGUCCAGCCUGGAUGCUUCUGAGGUGGCCUCUCUGUCCUUCUCCAGCUCCAGACAGUUCCAAAGAGCUCACCCUAAGUCCCCCUAAGCCCUCCUGCCCCCCUUCCUCCCUGUGGCCCAGCCCUUGCCCUCGGGGCUGCCCCCAGCACGGGUUGCUGGGCCUCCCACUGAUUGGGACUUGGGAAGAAGGGCCUUGGGAGAGAAUCGGUGGUGGCCUGCAGCCGUGGGUGGCCAAGCUGCGGAUGAGCCUGGAUGCCGGGUUCGGACAGAUUCAAUGCUGGUGGAGCCCCUG